AUGUCGACCUUAUCUCCUCAAUUUAUCCGAGAUGAUUCUCCCGCUAAUAUGAUGCUACAUGACGCGAAUCUAUCUGAUCCUUAUCUGUCCGCCACUUUGGACCCGGAGGAAGCCUCCUUCAAGUCCUCGGCCAUUAGAUUCACUCCGACAAAUGGCGAUGAACACGUCUCGUCCCCAAUGGAGCUCCAUGGGAAUGGUGACUACGACCAGGAGCACCACCAUCCCGCCUCUUAUUCCGAUUUCCUGAGCCCUGUGGAUGAUUUCUCUAGUGAUCUGAGCGCGCACACGUCUCCGAGCGCUGCCUAUCUUCCCGUUGGCUUCAAUGCGGAUCUGCCACCCAACUCCCAUGGCUGGCAGCAAGAUAUGCACCCGGCCGUCCGGGACACCAGCGAGUUGACCUCCCCGCUGGGGACCAGGCAUCCAUCCCAGCUACUGACCCCCAAUCUCACGAACAACCCCACUCCCUCUCCCGACAUGUCGACUACGAAAAAGUCAAAUCACUUUGGCGCCGGAUCCAAUCCUCCCCAGUCGCUCUGGUUGAAUACCACUUCGGCAAUGGACAGUCUGAGCGUCCACGACGCCCCCGAUUCGGCUCGAGCGCGGAGUCCUAUAGUGAAGGUAGAAAGCUAUUCCCGAGGGGACUCGCCUGUUCGGGAUACUUUCUUUGCGCGGCGACGACCUAGCCAGUCGUCCACGCAUUUGUCCCCGAACGACGGACGCAGCGAUUCGGAUGAUGAAGAUAUGGAGGGCAAUCACAGCUACAACUUUGCCCCUUCCGUUUCACGGACAUACGAUGGGUCAUGGGUACCUAAUGCAACUACCGGCCAGGCCGGUGUCGACCCUAUCUCGAGAGACGACACGUACGUCCCGAGUCCCAAUCAGAUGGACUUGAAGCGCCAGCUGGACGAAAAGAACGCCGACAUUCGCUCCUGGUCGGCCUCUGUAAGCGUUGCUAAUAGUGAGGCGGGAGACGACGCUCCCACACAUCGCGGCCGUCGAGGCCCAACAGGCACCAGGCGUCGAGCCAAAAGUGCCGGCGAUCCCUCGUCCCAACAGGACUACUUCAAUCUGAAAUCAGUGACUCUUCCAGGCCCAGGAAUUCUCAUCCAUGAGAUCAGCGAUGAUGAGGACAGCGAAUACGAAUCAAUGAUCGAGGGAAGCGGCUCUGACUCCCCCGCGGUGCCUGUGGACGAGGCGAAAUGGGUUGAAGAGGAUGCAGAGAGCCCCUCAAUCCUCGAGCAGCAGCUGUCCCAGGAUGAAGAGCCGUCCCCUCAUCAAUUUUUAGGAGCCCCUCCAUGGCGGGACGCCUCGCACGAUUCCACCCCUCGAAACAUUCGCUUACAACCCCAGAGCUCCACUGCAGCGAUCGUGGAGUUUCAACGACGGGCUCGGGAUAUUGACACGGCCUCGCGAUCGGCGACUUGGGGCACGCGGCCCUUGAGCGAGGCUGAGGUCAACAGUAUCGUAGGCGCCGGAGGCUCCUUUGAAAACCUGUCUAUCGAUGGUGAGAACAAGAAACAUCAGCGACGAAGUAGCCUUCGCAAGCUUUUGCAACGCAAGCCAUCCAAUACACUCAAACGGCAUCUGUCGGACCUCUCACUCGCGCUCCCCAGCCCCGACCGCGCCAGUAAAGGCGAUGAGCACAAAAGCCCUCAGAGAAAGGACAGUUUCCCACACCGGAAACUAAGCCUCGGCCGUUCUCGGUCGCCCAGCCUCAGCACCGGAGGUGCCGUCAUCGCUAUAGCGGGCCAGAUGGCUGCUAUCGGGGGCAAGGACUCUAUGCGGGUGGCAUCUCCCAGCUCGACACAUAAUCCCUGGUCCUCUCUGAAAGCUCGGGGAAGAAGCAGGAGUGAAAUUCCUAGAGCAUCGGCCCCUGGACUGAUUGAUUUAAUGACGAGCCAUGGCGGCCCGCCGGUCGCUAAUAUUGCAUACUCGCCCCAGCCCGGCAGCCGCGGUGUAUCGCAGUCCCGACCGGCACAGGAACCGGCGGACGAUGACGAUGAGGACGAUGACGCGGCGGAUGAGAAGGCGCUGGUGAUGGAGUUCCCUGUGCAAGCGCGUCUACCGGUGCCCACGCUGGAUGGGUUUAGAACCCAGAUCACGCAACUGAAUCCUCGGCUUCCGUCGGCAUUGAUCGAGCGUUUUGCCAACGAGCAGCUUCGUCGAUACAAGAAGUUGGUAGACAGCAAACUCAGUCACAGCCGUGCCAUUCAACAGAACAGAUGCGCCGCAGGUAAAUACUGCUUCGCCCAGGGUGGCGAGGCUACCCUCUUGGCCCCACGCACAAGUCCUCAGGAUCCGGACGCGGCGCACACCCAAUUCCAAAUUCCCGGGCAUGGUGAGGCCGACGAGGACCCCCAGACCCUUGGGGAAGGGGCCGUCACUGCAGCCCAGUUCCCGUCUGGCGUGCCAUUGCCCCCGGUUAAGCGCCUGCCGGCCGAAUUCGAGUGUCCAGUGUGCUUCCAGGUGAAAAAGUUUCAGAAACCCUCGGAUUGGACGAAACACGUCCACGAGGAUGUGCAGCCGUUCACCUGCACAUUUCCCCAUUGUACGGAUCCUAAAUCUUUCAAGAGGAAGGCUGACUGGGUCCGACACGAGAGCGAACGGCAUCGGAAACUUGAGUGGUGGACCUGCACCGUCCCUGAUUGUCACCACACGUGUUAUCGAAAAGACAAUUUUGUGCAGCAUCUGGUGCGGGAGCAUAAGAUGCCUGAGCCUAAGAUCAAGAAGACCAAGACCAAGGGGAAGGGGGGCGCCGACGCCCAGGACGAACAAAACCGCGAGCGGGAGAUUGAACAGCUCUGGGACCUGGUGGAGCGAUGCCGCCAUGACACCCCGAAGUCGCCCAAGGAGGAGCCGUGUCGGUUCUGCGGCAACAUUUGCAGCAGCUGGAAAAAGCUAACGGUGCAUCUGGCCAAGCACAUGGAGCAGAUUGCGAUGCCUGUCUUGGGGCUCGUCAACGAACGCGAUCUCUCGUCUAACCCUGGCCUGAUCAUAGGGGGCAAGACCGAUCUGCCUAGCACCAGCUUUGCUCCCAAUCUCAGCGGGACCGAGGCCGACGUUUCGAUGACUCUUACACAGCCACAUUUCUCUGCUGGGGCAGAGAACGGGGGGCUGGCGGUUCCUUUCCACCCUACCUACGUCCCCAACUUGACAAAUGGGUUCCUCUCCGCUGAACCGGAACCGAUGGACGCGUACGAGGAUGUGCCAACAUAUGGGGCGCCGUCGGUGGAACUGGCGCCAGGGGGGCCGUUGGACCAGUCGCGAUUCGUGUCCACGCAUCAGAAUUCAGUGACAUAUCCUCCUCCGUUCAACGCGGGGCCGCGACCGCGGGCCCAUUCCAACCUGAGUGUCUUGCCCGAAUCAUACCAAGUCUCCACAUCUCCCACGGAGACGCACCCGACCUAUAACCUCCAACAGGGGCCGCCGUACAUGUCAUCUGCAGCGGCAAAUGGCUAUCCUAGCCAAGGCCCCUUGGUUCAGAACAUGGUCUUUGAACCUUGUGGGGGAUAUCCCACCCAGCUUUGA